AUGAGGACUUUCGCGUUCCUCUCCGGGUUGGUUCUGCUAUCCGCACUACUGCUCGCCGUAACCUCGGCGCCUGUUGCGGAGGCGAACGCAGUUUCCGCGCCCGAUACCGCUCCUGCUGUCGCUGAGCUUCUCCCUGCUCUGGAGAGCGAUAGGCGCAUUCUCCACGACGACGACGACGACGACGACGAGCCGUCGUGCCUGGACAAGUACAAGAAGCGGUAUGCGCAGUGCGAGAAGAACGAGAAGAAAUGCGAGGAUAAGGCGGAAGACGAAGACGACGAAAAGGUGUGCGAAAAGAAGUCCAAGACUUGCGAAGCGAAGGCGUACAGGAGCUAUAAGUCGUGCAAGUACGGCAAGUGGGGCUGCAAGGACUGGUGCAAAUAUUACAAGCGCAAGUGCUACUCCAAGAAGAAGAGCAACUGCGAGGAGAAGUACGAAGACUGCAAAGAGGACUGCUAG